AUGCCGCCUUCUAUUGACAGCGCCAUCCUCACUACACUAAACCUAGACAAGAAUCAAACCACUAUAUCCUCCGCCGGCGGAUCAGGCUUCUCAUCCACGUUUAAGCUCUCAACCACAAAAGAUGGCCAGCCCUUUGAUUACUUUGUCAAAACAGGUUCCGGCGAGGGAGCUAGAAUAAUGUUUGAAGGCGAACAUGCCUCUCUCAACGCCAUCCACAACGCCGUCCCCAAUUUCUGCCCCCAGUCAUACUGCCAAGGCCCCAUGCAGCAAUCCAACAAGUACUUCCUCGCUACGGAUUUCCUCCAGCUAGGCUACUCCGACUCAAAAGGCUCCGGCAUCUCCUUCGCGGCAAAGCUAGCCAAGCUCCAUACAACACCCGCGCCCAUCCCAGAGGGCUUUGACACUCCCAUGUUUGGCUUCCCUGUUUCGACAUGUUGCGGGGAUACAGAGCAGGACAACUCCUGGAAGUCCUCAUGGGCAGACUUUUACGCCGAGAACAGACUGCGCUGCAUCAUGAAGAAGAUUGUAAAAAACCAUGGGCCGGAUGGCGAAGCAGCCGACAUGGUGGAAAAGGUUGCCAGCAACGUCGUCCCGCAACUCAUUGGAGAUGAGCGGAUGAGCAUCACGCCGGUGGUGAUACACGGUGAUCUCUGGAGUGGAAACCAUUCGGCAGGUCAGAUUGCCGGAAAGGGCGGUCGCGAAGAAAUUGUCUUUGAUCCUUCUUGUGUCUAUGGCCACUCAGAGUACGAGCUCGGCAUCAUGAACAUGUUUGGAGGCUUUGGCAGUUCCUUUUGGAGAGAGUAUGAGAAGUUGGUUCCAAAAGCAGAGCCUGUAGAGGAAUGGGAUGACCGGGUCUCGCUCUAUGAACUAUACCAUCAUUUAAACCACUAUGCGAUUUUUGGGUCUGGGUACCGUGGAGGGGCCAUGUCAAUCAUGAAGAAGCUCAUAUCCAAGUACGGUAGCUAA